AUGUCAUAUCUAUCAAUCUAUCUAUCUAUCUAUCUAUCUAUCUAUCUAUCUAUCUAUUAUGCCUUUCCUUUGUAUGGCAUAUUUGCGUCUAUUUCUUUCAUUUACGGAAUAGUCUGUGCCUUUCAUUUGUAUGGCAUAUUUGAGUCUAUUCCUUUCAUUUGUACGGAAUAUUUGAGUCUAUUCCUUUCCUUUGUAUGGCAUAUUUGCGUCUAUUCCUUUCAUUUGUACGGAAUAUUUGAGUCUGUGCCUUUCCUUUCUAUUGAAUAUUUGAGUCUCCGCCUUUCUUUUGUUCGGUUUUGUCUUGUUUUCUCUUUGUGUCUGACUGCUUCGUGUAAUUCUAUCUAUCUAUCUAUCUAUCUAUCUAUCUAUCUAUCUAUCUAUCUAUCGUCACUGAUCUUAUCUAUCUAUCUAUCUAUCGAUCUUAGUCUGCUCAUUAUCUAUCUAUCUAUCUAUCUAUCUAUCUAUCUAUCUAUCUAUCGUCAUCUGAUCUAUCUAUCUAUCUAUCUAUCUAUCUUAGUCUGCUCAUUGUCUGCUCAUUAUCUAUCUAUCUAUCUAUCUAUCUAUCUAUCUAUCUAUCUAUCUAUCUAUCUAUCUAUCUAUCUAUCGAUAGUCUGCUCAUUAUCUAUCUAUCUAUCUAUCUAUCUAUCUAUCUAUCUAUCUAUCUUAGUCUGCUCAUUGUCUGCUCAUUAUCUAUCUAUCUAUCUAUCUAUCUAUCUAUCUAUCUAUCUUAUCUAUCUUAUUAUUAUCUAUCUAUCUAUCUAUCUAUCUAUCUAUCUAUCUAUCUAUCUUAGUCUGCUCAUUAUCUAUCUAUCUAACAUUUUCUUAACCUUUUUUAUCUAUUCUUCCUCUGUGUUUUCUUUUAACAUUUAUUUAUUUAUCUAUCUAUUUCCCGUUUUGCUUUUUAAAGUAUCUAUCUAUCUAUCUAUCUAUCUAUCUAUCUAUCUAUCUAUCUAUCUCAUUCUCUUCUACUGGUAUCAUUCAACAGCCACCACCAUCUAUCUACCCCACCGUCUUCAUAUCUAUCUAUCUAUCUAUCUAUCUAUCUAUCUAUCUAUCUAUCUAUCUAUCUAUUUAUUUCCGUUAUCUAUCUAUCUAUCUAUCUAUCUAUCUAUCUAUCUAUCUAUCUAUCUAUCCCAGUCUGCUCAUAUCUAUCUAUCUAUCUAUGACAGCCUGCUCAUUAUCUAUUUAUCUAUCUAUGUAUCUAUCUAUCUCGGUCUGUUCAUUAUCUAUCUAUCUAUCUAUCUAUCUAUCUAUCUAUUUAAAGGCAUUUUUAUGUUUAACGUUCUUUUUAUGGAUACAAGUAUUUAA